CUGACUGAUCGUUUCGGGUCUCCUUGCACUGGAUCGGACCGACCGGAUCACCCUUUUCGCAACUACAAGUACAGAUUGAGGGCAGCAAUAAUGGAGCUGGUUCGCUCUGCAUACUCGGCCGGAGAAAAUGGGAAAUCCUGGGAACAGUUCAGACUCGGGCAAAGAUCUUCACGCGGCCGCAAGAUCCGGUGAUCUUCACGCUGUUCAAACAAUCUGUAGCUCAAAUCCUUUAGCUAUCAAUUCAAGAGAUAAGCACUCAAGAACUCCGCUGCAUUUAGCAGCAUGGGCUGGGCAGACAGAAGUGGUUAGUUAUCUCUGCAAGGACAAAGCUGAUGUUGGUGGUGCUGCCAUGGAUGACAUGGGUGCACUUCAUUUUGCUGCUCAAAAAGGUCAUAUAGAAGUAGUCCGAGUUCUCCUUGCAUCAGGGGUAUCUGUCCAAGCUUCCAACCGUAAAGGCCUGACUCCCCUGCAUUAUGCUGUUCAAGGAUCCCAUCUGGAGCUCAUUAAAUAUUUGAUUAGAAAAGGUGCCAAUCUGAGUGCAAAGACAAAAGCAGGGAAAACCCCUGUUGAUGUUGCAAACAAUGAGGAAGUUAGGUCAUAUCUAGUAGAAUGUGAAGAGUUAUCGAAGAGAGGAGAAGAUCUGAAAGGCAAAGACAAAGAAUCUGUUGUAAAUAGAUCAUUGGAAGUGAAGAGAAGAGGUUCUCCUGAGGAAUCUGAUCUAAAGAAAUCUUCAGAAAAAUUUGCAGAUUCUGACAAGCAUGGUGAAAAAGAAGGAAAGACUGAACCAGUUAAGUGGAAGGAUGAAUGUGCCGCGACAAAGGAAAGCCUACCUAAAUCCAAGAAGGCAAGAGUUGCUCUAAAUCAUCUUUUAGCCGAAGAUGAUACUCAAGAAGUAUAGAACUUGUGAAGGAUGUACGAUUGGAGACCACAUUAGGCUUGCCUCAAGUUUCUGAAGCUACUUGUCAUUCCCUUUUCUUUAACCAACAUGUUUUAUUGGUGCAAAGUUCAUAAACAGAUGAUAUUUUGUAGAUAGCAUCAAAUUGAGAUGGGAUUGCUUUGCUACAUGUAAUGUUCACUUUAUUUUACCA